UUGGUCGACAGCUGUCAAUAGGCGUAUUGAUUCAUGGCGUUUUGUCCGGUACGGAGUUUCUGUCGUCUGUAGAAGCUUGCUGUGUAAACUUAAAAUUGUCACUCCAAUUCAAAUGUUUCGUUGUCUAAAGGCUGUACUGCAAAGACCAUCUACGUUUCCGAUCCUGCUAAGUGGAAACAACCCAUCAUGUUCUACCUUGCACGCAUUCCAAAAGGUGAAACGUGCUUUGCAUUGCAGACAUUGCUUGAUUAAGGAACCAAAGUUUAAAACUUACAUAUCUUCAGCUCAAUACAGCACAGCUGCUGGAAACGGUCCUUUGGAAGUAACUCGGGAAAACUCGAGAGAGAUUCUUGAAAAAUAUGACACACUACUUAUUGACUGUGAUGGAGUUCUUUGGAAAAUUGAUCAUGUGACACCGCUUCCUGGCAUUCAGGAAACAAUGAGCAGACUGAGGGAUACGAGAAAGCAGAUUUUAUUUGUGACGAAUAACAGUAUGCACGGGCGAGAAAUGUAUGUAGACAAAUUCAGAAAAUAUGGUUUUGAAGCGCGGGGUAGUGAGGUGUUCUGCGUGGCCUAUGCUGCCGCCAUAUAUCUGAAGACGGUGGCAAAGAUUAGUAAAGCCGUCUAUGUUUCGGGCAGCAGAGGGAUGCAGAGCGAAUUGGAACAAGCGGGCAUUGAUGCCUUUGGAUUUGGACCUGAUCGGGAUCAAACCACUGACGACGUUGAACAACUUCUGCAGAUGGAAUUUCGCGACGACGUUGAAGCAGUGUUGGUUGGUUUUGAUAUUCAUUUCAGCUACAACAAGAUCUACAAGGCUGCCAGUUACUUGACCAGUCCCGACUGUUUGUACCUCGCCACGAACAGUCUGGAGACCGGCCCUUUAAUAUCCAUCAACAGACGCCAGCCGGUGACGGGAACGAUGGUGGCUGCUAUUUCGGCGGCGUCCAAGAGGGAGCCACUUGUUAUAGGGAAGCCUUCCUGUCACAUGUUUGAGUGUAUACAGACGAUGUAUCCUACCAUUGAUAAAUCGAGAACACUAAUGAUAGGCGACAGUCUUCGUGCGGAUAUUCAGUUUGCCCAAAACAAUGGUAUUGAUUCCGCCUUGGUGUUAACAGGUGUUGCUGGUCUUCAGAUGGUCAAAGAUACUGGCAUUCUGCCGACAUACUACAUGCAGUCAAUUGCUGUUUUGUAGUAAAUAUAAUCAUACAUGGAAAUAAAUAUGAAUAUAGUUUUUAUAAAACAUUUCAAUUUAACGGAAA